AUGUCUUAUGUAGGAAAUCAGAGCGAUAUGGAGGAUAUAUGGGACUGGGUGUUGCAUCCUUAUCUGGAAGAAGAUCAAGUCAUGCCACGCAUGUCCGAGUCAGAGACAAAUUGUGAUCCGAAGAUUCCUCAAUCACCUACCCCGGAGGAUGAAUCUACUGAGUCAGAUUCAUCCCCCAAGAUUGUUGUCCCACUUCCCGCAUCAUCUCUUAGUAUUUAUGCUUCGGGAUGCAGAAAUAUCACUACCCCCAUAAAAUCCAUUCCUAUCCCAUCCCACAAGAUGGCAGCCUCACUACUAUCAUCCUCGAAUCAAUCAAAGAAACCUUGCCCCACCCACAAAUGGAUACUCAAUGUGGCUGAGUGGAUCAUGGAUGAUAGUAUUGUGUUUUAUGAGAUCGGAGAGUCAUCCCAGGCACCAAAUCCCAUCCCAAAGGAUCUGACAUACCGAGCGAUGUCAGUGUUAGUCUCACGAGUAGCAUGA